UCGGCCGCCAGGUGACAGUGUGGCUGGUGCGUCACUUGGCCGAGGAAGCACGCCGGGCAGGGCCACACUCUCCUCCCUCCCCCGGUCCCCUGACUCGUCCCUGGUGGCACUUCUCGAGGCUGGAAGAGAGCAAGAGGGCGAGCGAGGAUGGCGUCUCGCGACGGGCCCAUGGUGGCGGGCACGGACGGCACGGACUUCAUCCACAGGGAGACCGUGGCUUCCCAUUACCAGAUUAGUGUGCUGAACAAAGGACGGCUAAGAAAAUGCGUGUUUUCACACCUCCUCCUGGCCCUCCUGAUGGUGGUGAAGAUGGUUCCGGACUUUCUCGACAGACUGGACAUAUUCGUCCUAGAAAUUGAGGAAUUAGAAGUUCCACAGCCUCUCAAAUGGGAAUACGUGUGGCUUGUAGGAUCCCUUGCCAGUUUCCUAGGCUUGAUGGCGAUCAAAAACAGAGUAUUGCUUCUACAGAUAUACUUUGGUCUUAUCAACCUCUUCUCAACGGUGCCCAUUCUCUUGGCUGCCAUGAUCUAUUUCUCCGAAUUCCUUAAGUACUGCACUGAGGAGGAGCCUGCAGGUCUACAGCUGUGGCAGGGAUAUCCUGUUGCUGUCCUAUGGUACAGCUUCAUCAUGAUAGCAAUGCAAGUCCAUAUCUUCACCCUCAUUUUCGCAUGGAAGCUCAUUCUGGCAUGGAAGAACCGUGGAGCAGCAAAGAAGGGACAAUAGAUCGACAAAUCAAAAUCACAUAUUGCUAUACAACCUGAGAUUACAUAAGCAAGCAAUAUCGCCAUUAUUGGUGCUUCUGUAAUUCCUCGUCUUUACAUUGUUGGCUGCUUGUACCACAGUAUGUGUAUCCUAGAUUAAUUUUUCUGAGUGGAUACAGCUGUGUUGUAUUAGCAGACAGUGUACUUCAUAUGCAAUUUUUUUUUGUUUUUCUCUUCUUUUUUAUGUAAAUGUGUAACUUUUAUCCAUGGAAAAUUUAAAUUGUUUUAAAAUUGCUGUGUUGCAUCUCGUAAUGGGAUAUAAUCCUUUUUCUUCUUCUUUUUAGGUUUUUUUCAUGCAAUUUGAUAUUAGAAAAAGUAUUAAAUUUUGUUUCUUAUUGCUCUUUACUACAACAGUUGUUUAGGAGAUAGCCAAAUUUAUAAUUGUUACAGUAGGAAAAAAGGGGACGAACUGCGAAUUAAGUCUCCAUUUCUACAACUGGAAAUGCAUUUGUACAUCUGAAUAAUGUACAGCUGACUGAACAUCUAUUGUAGUAAAGGCAACUUCACUGGGAGAAAGGUAUUCUUUUCAUCAUGGUUUUCUUUCAUUUUUUCUUUCUCUUUUAUUUAUAUGUAUAUUUGUUUCUCCAGUCUUCAUUAUAUGUUUUUUCUUAUGAUAUUAUUUUUUAGAAUUAAAAGUUGCCAUUAUACUGUAUUGAAAUGUUGAUUGUUCAAGUGCUUUGGUCUGUUAAAUAAAAAAACAAAAACUUUUUUUUUUCUCUCUUUUUUUUUCAAAUUCUAGAAUAUGAGGAAGCUGCACAGGGUAAAAUGUUGCAGAAUGACAUGUUGAGCGUUUAAAAAAUUGCGGUUGUAGAAUAGCAUUCAUAUGAUGAGAACUUGUAGUUUUAUAUCAGAAAUAAAAGUGACAUUUCCGUGAUAUUUUACAAUGAUUUCACCUGAACAAAGUAUCCAGUGUAGCUUUUUUCAGACGUUUCAUAAUAUCCUCACCUUGUUAUUGUUAUCUUGAUGAUUGUUAAUUUUCAUAUGUAUUUCCUUGUUAUUGCAUUUCAAAACAUAUCAUUAUUUUUUUUUCUUUUUUUUUCUUUUUUCCCCAUUAGCAUAAUUGUGACAUCUCUUCAUACCAGUAAAAAUCCAUCAUCUAAACUAGAUUUUAUUUGUGCUUUUUCACUGUGAAUAUCUUUCAUGCCCAUCCUCUUCGCACACGAGACGACAGAGGGAGCAUUUCAUUAACACAUAAAGAAAAAAAAUGGA